AAUAACAGAAGGGUACCAACACGCCCACAGGCGCGGAUCAAAGCGGAUUAAAGUACCGCAGAGAUGGCAGGCGAAGCUGAAGAUGACAUUCCGGAAUCGGGGGCAGUUUUCACUUUUGGAAAGAGCAAGUUCGCUGACAACAUUCCAAGUAAAUUUUGGCUUAAAAAUGACAUCCCACUCAGAAUAGCGUGCGGCGAUGAGCACACCGCCUUAAUAACAGAAAAUGGGAAGCUCUUCCUGUUUGGUAGCAACAACUGGGGCCAGCUCGGCCUUGGCUCCAAAGUGACUGUCAACAAACCCACCUGUGUCAAAGCCCUGAAGUCUGAGAAAGUUCAACUGGUGGCUUGCGGGAGAAACCACACGCUUAUCUGCACAGCCCAAGGGAAGGUGUAUGCCUCAGGUGGGAACAGCGAGGGUCAGCUGGGGCUUGGAGACUGUGAUGAGAGGACUUCCUUCAAGAGACUUGAUUUUUUUGAUUCACAAGGACCAAUCAAGAUGCUUGCUGCGGGUUCGAACACCUCAGCAGCUCUCACCGCGAGUGGUAAACUCUUUAUGUGGGGUGAUAACACAGAGGGUCAGAUUGGUUUGGGUAAGGAGAGUCAGGUGUCAUCACCCCAGGAAGUCAGUGUAGGCCGACCAAUCAGCUGGGUCUCCUGCGGGUACUACCAUUCAGCUUUAGUGACAGUGGAUGGCGCUCUGUACACAUUUGGCGAGCGGGACAGCGGAAAACUGGGUUUGGGCACCCACCAGCUUCCAGGGCACCGAGUGCCUCAGCUGGUGAAGAGCAUCAAGGAGCCAGUGACGCAGGUGGCCUGUGGGGGUGGACAUACAGUGGCACUCGCAGAGGGAAGUGUGUACACGUUCGGCCUCGGUCAGUUCGGACAGCUCGGCCAUGGGACAUUCAUCUUUGAGUCCCGGGUGCCGCGUUUGGUUGAGCACUUCAAGAAGGGACGAGCCUGUCAGGUGGCCUGUGGAGAAAACCACACCGCUGUCAUUACAGAAGACGGGUUGCUAUACACGUUUGGAGAUGGCAGACAUGGAAAACUUGGUCUGGGAGAAGAAAACUUCACUAACCAGUUUAAACCAACGCUGUGCCUGCGAUUCCUGAAGUAUAAUGUUCAGGGAGCGAUGUGCGGCGGAUGUCACAUGGUGGUGCUGGCUCGGCCGAGGGCCCGGGGAACCGGUGAGGUCACGCUGGAGGAUGACGAUGUGACGGAAAAUUUCCUGGAGAAACCAUACGUGGAACUGCUGGGUAACACAGUUGACUCAUCUACGCUGCAGAGGAGCCUCUCAGCCCGGGUUCGCAGGAGGGAGAGGGAGCGAUCUCCAGACCAGUUUGGCACCAUGUUCCGCACGCUGCCUGCCAUGACACCAGGUAACCUCCUCCCGCCACUGACAGCCUCCAGCCAGACUAUACCACCACGACUGGCUCCGCCUGAGGUGAUCCACGGAAAGGUGCUCAAUGGCACUUACCAGCACAGGAACGAGGAGUCGACCCACCAGGAGCUGGCAGGUGGGGAGACAGACAGUGUUGUGGAAAGUCUGACAGACACUGACAGCGUGAGAGGUCUUGGAGAAACCAGAGACUUCCUCAACAUGACUCAUGUGAUGAAGAUAGACCCCAGUGAUAAAACCCUCACGCUGUCUCCAGUUCAAAAGAGGAAGGGUAAGAAUGGUAAGGCUAUAAAAGAACAGAGUCAAAGAAAGCAGAGAAAGCUCUCAAAGCAGAGCAGUUUCUCUUCCACUUCGCUGUCUUGUAAGAGUGAGGCUGCCUCUCCUCUCCGGGCGUUACCCACUGAACUCCUGAGGAGUCGUAGCACUCGUACUCAGGGCCCGCAGAGCCCCCAGAGACAUCAGAAAAGCAACCAGAACAAGGUGAAUCUGAUCUUGGCUGUAGAGGAGUUGCAGGAGAGGCCCAGUAAAAACAAACCUACAAGCAUCAGGGACAUAAAUAAGGCAGCAUCCAAAGAGCAACAAAUGCAAGUUCACAGUAAAAGCCAGGUGAUAGGGGUUCACAGGAAACUGGCAGCAGACUCAAAACAAAGUCCAGAAACUAUGAAGAAAAGUUUAGAUUUCAACUCUAAAUCUGCUAAAGUUGAGAAAGUGAAGUCUAAGCCUGUGAGGGUUAAAAGCAAACCCACAGGAAUCAGUUCACCAGGUAAACUCAGUCAUACAGACUCAGCAAGCUUUCACCUGAGUGACACUUUGGAUGAAGAGAGCAUAGUGGGCUCUCAGCAGGUUUCUGAGGUGAAAAAAAUCCCCAAAUCUAAAGAGAAGAAAACAGAUUUGUCUAAGAAAAACAAGAAUGAAAAAAACAUGAAAGAAGCUCAAAUCAAAAAAGGGUCAGAGGUUCAGGAAAAGUCAACAGAUCUCAGCCUGCUUGUUGGAGCUGCUUCGCUCGCUGCAGGAGCAGCUUUGAUCCAAGCUGGAAGACGAUUAAGCUCCACAUCCCUUUCUGAGAACAGUUGUGCUGUACUUAAAGAGGGUGUGACUAAAUCACUGAGUGAGGAAUCUGAAUCUUACGCUGCCAAUUUUAGCCACAGAUCUGCUGUCAGCAUCAACAUCAUACCCGCACCUGAAAGUCCUGAAAUGAGGACAAUCUCAGAUCAAAGUGAACAGCAGAUGGACUCUGCCGCAAUCAAAGAGGAAGAGGAGGAUAAUGACGAAGAGGGUGAAGAGGAAGAAGGGCAGACAGAUGCAAAAGUAAGCGAGGAAGAGGAGGAUGUUAGUCACAUUAUUAAGAAAGUGGCAGAGAACACUGAGGAUGAAAAAGAGAGUGACACUCUUCACUCUGGAGAGAAGUCAGACAGCGAUGUAGAUGAGGAGGAGGAUGAGAGCAAUGUUGUGGUAGAAGAUGAAGAAGAGGAGGAGGAAAAGAGUGGAGUAACAGAAAGUGAAAGCAAAACAGAGACUGAAGAGAAAGACAGAAACGGAGGUGAUGUAGAAGAAGAGGAGUCGGAGGAAGAGGAAAGUGAGGAAGGGUCAAGUCACGAAACAGAGAGCAAACGUGGAGAUACUGAAAGUGACUUGGAAGAAGGGGACGAGGAAGAAGAAGGGAGUUUGGAGAGUGAGGGUGAAGAAGAUGAGGUUGAAAGUGAGUCUGUGAGGUCUUCAGAGAGAGAAGAAAGUGAGGAAGAGAGGGAGACCGAAGAAGGAGAAGAUGAAAAAGAGGAGGAAGAAAAAAGUAGUGCUGAAGAAGUAGAAGAGAGUAGUGAAGAGGAAAACAGUGAAAUUGAGGAAGAAGAGGAGGCGGAGGAACAAAGUGAGGAAAAGGAGGAAGAGACAGAGGAUGAGGAGGAGGAAGAAGAAAAAGAAGAGGAUGAACAAAGUGAGGAGAAGAAGGAAGAGACAGAGGAUGAAGAGGAGGCAGAAGAAAAAGAAGAGGAAGAAAGUGAGGAAAAGGAGGAAGAGACAGAGGAUGAGGAGGAGGAAGAAGAAGGAGAAGAGGAGGAAGAAAGUGAGGAAAAGGAGGCUGAAGCGGAAGAUGAGGAGGACCAGAGUGAGGAAGAAGAAGACAAGGAAGAGAAGGAAGAUGAAGAAGAAGAAGAAGAGGAGAAGGUUGUCAAAAAGAAAAGGUCUGCUGAAGUGAAAAGACAAAGUGCUAAAUCAGCAACUAGAAGCAAACUAAGGUUAGGGGUCAAAGGUCAGGCGGCAGGUGAGUCAGAGGAGUUCUGGGAUGAUGUUUUACCUCAAUACCUCAAUCUGAAAUAAUAAGGGCCCUUAUAUCAAUAUUAUUGAUUUAUUGAUUUAUUGAAUAACAGGAAAUGGACACGAUCAAAGUCUGAAAAGUAAAAAAAAUAAAUAAAUAUUGUUAUAAAAAUGGCCAUACUAGAAAAGCUUGAUACAGGUCACAUUACUUUUUCUGUAUAAAUAGUUAAAACUACAUUGUAUUCAGUUUUGUAUGAGAUUACUCAGUUAAUUAAUUAACAUAACCAAAACAAUGUCAGGAGAAUAAAUUGUAUAUUUUUAUAUAAAGUUUUGUCAUCUGCAAAGAAAAUCACUACAAUACAUUUAUGUAAGAGAAGGGAAGACAAAGUGGAUUAGCCAGACAGUUAAGCCAGUUAUAUUUUUAAAAUGUCCAGUAAUAGAUCUUUGUAGAUGUAUGAAACAUUAGACAUUUAAAGUCAAUAUCACAUAGUUUACAUUAGUGAAUUAGCAUGUAAUAUUGACCCUUUCGAAAUGCACGACAAGCAGUGUGGAUGUGACUGAACAAUAGAAGGCAGGUAGCUUAAAAGAUCAAGUAUCCAUGCUAAUGCUGGUGAAAUAAGGAUUCAAUGUCUUGGUUAAAAUUGCCUUGCAGGCAGUACUUAAAUGCAAAAGCACAACAGAUGUGGAUUUCACAUAAUUAUUUUUGUUUUUCAGUAUUUAAUUUUUUAUUGACCUUAUUUUUUCCUAGUAAGAUAUUAUUCUUUCUCUUUUUGCACCUGGAGACUAUCUGAGCUUUCAUGUUCUACACAAAUUUCCAUGUGUUUAUCAUCUAUCUUUUGUGUUUGCCAAAACUACUUAAGUAGAAUUUUCAGGUAUCUGUACUUGAAUCAAGUUGUUGUUUUUUUUUCAGAUAACUUUUUAUCUUUACUCCCUACAUUUUUAAACAAAUAUCUGUACUUUCUAUUCCUUACAUUUUCAGAACGUCACUGUGCGCCUUCAAACAUCAAACCGAUUUGAGGCUAAACAAUAACACAUGAGAGGAAAUCCAAUUUGUAAUCACCAGAGCAUGCGCCAUAGUGAGGGGUUUAAGUUCGGGCCUGUGGUUUAUUUGGAGCAACACCAGGACGAGUGCAGGUGUCCAUGAGUUGUGGUUGCAUUAUUUCUGCAUCUAGGUAGUGCUAUAAAGGAGGGGUAAUUUCAAAUGCAGCAUUUCUACCAGUAAACAUCAGCAAACACAAACUGUUUGUGUCUACAGUUUGUCACAGUGUGUUGUUAGCCAAAGGUCCAGACACUGUAUUUCACAGGGAGAGAAAAGAAAGAGCUAACUUCACUAAAUGAUGGAAAUAGAUAAGGAAGACAGGAGGUUAUAUUUAUAAGUACGGACUGCUCAGUGGUAUUUGAUAAUUUUUUUUCAUAUUGUGAAGCAUGCUGCAAAGCAAACUAAGCUAGAUUAUCUGUGUUAGUUAAAGGUUGCAUUAAAAUAAUCUAGUGCAGGAUAAGCUGGUUAGCGUUCAGUAAGGUGAUGUUAUGAAUUUGAAGUUAAGUUGAUGAAGUUUAGAUUCAUUCACUGAAUUCCACCUCUAUAUUGUUUAGUAUAGAGACAGCAUAAACAGUGCUGACAGCAGAGAACAGCAGGGCAACUCAUAAAAUAUCUUCUUACAUUUGUUGAAUUCAGUUCUCCACAGAGAGCAGUAAACCUCAGAGCAGUAGCCCAGAUCAGUUGAUCACAGCCUGUACACUCAGAAAAUAUACUGGAGCCCACAAUAGAAAUUGUGAUUCUUUUCCCCACACUGAGCCAAUUAGGGCUGCUCGAUUAUGGCAAAAAUGAUAAUCACGAUU